AUGGACAUCGCUUGCAUUCACAGGUGCAAUUCUGCCAGGAGAGAUGAUCGGCGGGACAGCGGCGGGAACGAGGAGCGGCGGAACGAGAAGCCCAAGGAAGUGAUCCUCAUUCCAGCAGCGAAUUUUGAGGCGCCUGGCCGCCAGACGUGCCAGACGGGCCUGCGGGAGGUGUGGCGCAGUCGCUGCUGUGGCCCUGAUGUGGUGGCAUGUCUUCUGCCAGUCGCAGCGCUGCCACGGGCGCGCCGCGGUGCACGCCGAAACCACCGUGCCACCGCGCGGCAAGCGCGGGACACGUCGCGGGCGCAGCUGCUACGGGCUGCAACCCUCCCAUCCAUGGCUUCAGAAGUUUGCUGGGCUGCAGGCGCCGUCGCCCCGGACCUCCGUGGCCGUUUCGCCGUGGUCACCGGCGCCAACCGUGGCAUUGGCAAAGGGGUGGCCUUGGGGCUAGGCGAAGCCAAGGCCACGGUCUUUGUGACGGGAAGAAACAGGACUGGACUGGAGAGCACUGCCGAGCUGGUGACCCGAGCUGGAGGCCAAGGAGUGCCCAUCCUCUGCGAUCACAGUGAUGACACGCAGGUGGCCCGAGCAUUUGAAGAGAUCGGAAAGCAAACCGGGGGGAAACUCGACAUUUUGGUGAACAACGCCUUCAAGAGUCCCGCCUCAAGUGAUCCAAAGGUAGAUCAACAGCUCUCCAAAGGGGCCAAGUUCUACGAGCUGCCGUUGUCUGUCUGGGAUGAUGUGCAAACGGUGGGAUUGAAGUCCCACUACGUGGCUUCAUACUAUGCAGCCCCUAUGCUGCUGGCUGCCAGAGAAGCCAAUCCAACCAGGCGUCCAUUGCUGUGUGCGGUGUCCUCGUUUGGUGGAGUCACCUAUCUCUUUGCUACCGCCUACGGGGUGGGCAAAGCAGCAACGGACAGGUUGGGCUGGAUGGUCGUGCUGCUUUUUGCAGGCAAGCUGGCUUUUCAAGCCAAAGGUCGCUUUGGCCUGGCAUCGUGCUCACAGAGGAGGAUGGCAGCUGUGACUGAUAUGAAUUUACAUCAAACCGUUCAGAGCCAUGCUGCUUUUGCCCUGGAAGCACACUUUGAGUUGGUCCAGGCCAGGAGCUCCCCAGCACGUCCCGCGCCCGUGGCGCGCCGUGCCACCGGCUACGCGGCGCAGUGGGCCGCGCUGCGGGCCGCGGGCCGCGUGCAGCGUGCGGUGGUGACGACGGAGCAGCUGGAGGCGGCCAGGAAGACGUUUCGAAGGAAGACGCAGGUCUACCUUCAGCAGCUGCUGGUCAUGGUCUUUGAUGAGCUGCCCACGAAGAGUGCAGCCAGGACAGCGCUUCGACAGGGCCGGAUUCACGUCAACGGCUGCGUGGUCACUGCCGCGGAUGCCCCUGCAGCUCAGCCAGGCGAUGCCGUGACCUUGCACCUGGGGGCAGAUGCACUCCGAAUCGCCGACGACUUGGAGAAGCGCUUGCACAACUGGAACGACUUGCGCCGCACAAGAGAGGAGGCGCAAAUUCGCUUGCUUCACAGCGAUCCAAAGAUGGGUUUGGCCGUGGUGAACAAACCCGCUGGUUUGGAUUCCGUGCCAUGGACGCAGUCGCACAAAAAGAAACGCUUCACCUUCCAAGACUACCUGCCCAUGGUGGUUCCACCUCCCGAUGAAGGUACGCCCUGCAACGGCCCCAAAGUUUGCCAUCGCCUGGACUUCCGUGUGGCUGGGCCCCUGCUGGUGGCCACAUCCCUGGAGGCCGCGCGACGGCUGAAGCGACUCUUCGCGGAGCAGAGGGUGGAGAAGGAGUAUCGGGCCAUUGUUUGUGGUCGGGUGAAGGAGGAGGGUGACACGUUUUCCAUCGAGGAGCCCUUGGAUGGAAAGGCCUCACACACCGACGUCAAGGUGCUGCAGGUGGUGCGCUGCCCCCAUCACGGUGACCUGAGCAUGUUGGCGCUGUGGCCCAAGACGGGUCGCUACCGGCAGCUCCGAAGACACCUGGCGGAGGUGCUUGGAAGGCCCAUUGUCAAUGAAGAUGAAGGCCUCUUCCGAGCAGCCUCUGCGCGUUGGCAGGAGACGACGCCAGCUGAUGUGCCGCCACUGCAGAUGGUGGAGCGGGCUCGCGGGAAUCUCUUCCUCCAGGCCAUUCAGGUCGCCAUCCCUGACGACCUUUCCGUGCGCGUGGCGGUUUCCAGGCGCUUCGAAGAGCUGCUGCGGCAGUCAGAGGAGGCUUGGAACCGUGGAUGGCGCACCGAUGCGGAAGGACGAAGUAGACGACUUUGA